CCCCGCCUCCUCACAGCAGAGCCCGCCUGUCACGUGGGACGGGCGGUCACCACGCCGGCAUUGUGGGAUAGCGGAGGACCGAGCCGGCGGGUCACGUGGUGCAAGGCUGCCCGGGGCUGCGGCGACAUGGAUGUGUUUUUAAUGAUUCGCCGACACAGGACAACAAUAUUCACCGAUGCCAAAGAAUCGACCACAGUUCUGGAGCUGAAGAAGGUAGUCGAGGGCAUCUUGAAGCGAUUGCCAGAGGACCAGAGACUCUACAAGGAUGACCAGCUGCUGGACGAUGCGAAGACGCUGGGUGACUGUGGCUUCACCAGCCAGACCGCCCGACCCCAAGCGCCGGCCACAGUGGGACUGGCCUUCAAAUCGCUGGAUGACCAGUUUGAACCACUGCGUAUCGACCCAUUCUCCAGCCCACCAGAGCUGCCGGACGUGAUGAAGCCCCAGGACUCUGGAAGCAGUGCCAACGAGCAGGCCGUCCAGUGAGCUGUCGCACUGUGGGCAGCCCUUCCCGCUGCCUUUACUCAGCACACUGGCUCCACACACUGGACUCAACCCUUCCCCUCCUCAUCCUUCCCGCUGCCCAUACCAAACCAUCCCUCCCACCUGCUAUCAGAGCUCUCAUGCCUGCUUUCCCUCCUCUGCUUACUCCUCCCACCCCUCCUCGCCCUCUCCCUGUCCCACAUUC